AUGGGAGACCUCAGUCAAGACUUCCCGUCAUGCACGAAAGAAAUCACCAUCGCCGAGCUAAAGGCGGAACACUAUCAAGACGGGUUCGGGAUAUUCCAUCCUGCCCCCAGGCUGUCGUGGCGAUUCUCCGCAACCACUGUGCGCGACUGGAAGCAGUCAUCUUAUGAGAUUGCCAUCAAACGGCGAGGAAGAACAGAGUCUUUCCGAAUUGAUUCGUCUAAAUCUUCACUUGUACCGUGGCCGUCCUCGGCGUUGGUUUCAAGAGAAGCCGUCCACGUCAGUGUACGAGCCACUGGUACAAACGGAGUGCAGACUGGCUGGGCAGAGCUUACAGUCGAGGCUGCCCUCUUGAAGCGAAGCGAUUGGGAGGCAAGCUUGAUAAGUGGCCCACCUCAAGAUGCCGACAAGCCUAAGCCGCCAUUUCGCAUGAGGAAGACCUUUGCAUACGACGGCGGCCCUGCUCGUUUGUAUGCCACCGCCCACGGUAUCUAUCAAGUGGAAAUCAACGGUCAUGUGGUUGGCGAUCAAGUGCUUUCUCCCGGGUGGCAGUCAUAUCGACACCGACUACACUACCAGACGUAUGACGUUACCAGAUAUUUGCUUCCAGGACACAAUACGAUCGGAGUGUAUCUAGGUGAAGGCUGGUUUGCUGGAAGGCUCGGACGCCCAGGAGUCUCCAACAUAUGGGGGGACCGGUUGGGGUUUCUGGGUCAGCUUGAGGCGAAUGGCCAGGUCAUUUGCCGAACUGACCACACCUGGGAGGUCCUCGUCGACGGUCCUGUCCUCAGCUCCGAGAUUUACAACGGCGAAGUCUAUGACAGCAGACAACAUGACCCGUUUUGGUCCACUCCUCAGGCAUCUUCCGGCAAGCUUUACCCUACUGCUGAGGUUCUUCCGUUUCCAGGAGCCGUUUUCAUAGCGCCUGAAGCGCCUCCUGUUCGUCGUGUCCUGGAGCUGCAGCCGCAAAGAAUCAUCACAACAUCGAGCGGAAAGAAGGUCCUAGACUUUGGGCAGAAUCUGGCUGGUUGGCUGAGGGUGAAUAUCGACAUUCCUGGGACAGGAACUGUUACCAUUCGACAUGCAGAAGUCAUGGAGCAUGGUGAACUAGGAACGAGACCACUGAGAACGGCCAAGGCGAGCACCGUGAUACACCUGGGAGGUCAGACGCGCGGGUAUGAACCAAAGUUUACAUUCUAUGGUUUUAGAUACGCUGAAGUGACGGGCUACGACGCCUGCAGCCUCUCCGACUUCGCAGCGAUCGUGGUUUCUUCCGAUCUUCGCAGGACUGGAACAUUUGAAUGCUCCCAUGAUCAUGUCAACAAGCUCCACGAAAACACAAUAUGGUCGAUGCGGGGAAACUUUAUCUCUGUCCCUACGGAUUGCCCCCAACGUGACGAGCGGCUAGGCUGGACAGGCGAUAUUCAGGUCUUCACCCCCACAGCAAGUUUUCUUUACGAUACUGCGGCCUUCAUCGGAGGCUGGCUCCAGGACGUCGAGGCCGAUCAGAAAGACCUAGGAGGGGUUGUUCCUAACGUCGUUCCCUCCAUCCCUAUGCCUCCCAAGCAUAAUGAAAAGCAGGCCAUGGCAGCUUGGGGUGACACUGCGAUCUUCACACCAUGGGAUCUAUACCAGUUUUUCGGGGAUGAACAGCAUUUACGCAAGCAAUGGGAGAGUAUGAAACUGUGGCUCGACAAGGGGAUUCCCCGUGACAAGCGGGGGUGUUAUUCCACUGAAAAGCCUCAGUUCGGCGAUUGGCUUGACCCUCGAUCUCCGCCUGCUCUUCCCGGGCACACACCCACUGACCCGUACUUGGUUGCCAACGCCUACUUGGUUCAUGUCACCGAAGUUGCUUCCAAAGUCGCUGGUCGGUUGGGUGAGAUAGAAGAUGCGAAGCGCUACCGAGAAGACGCGCAGAGGUUACGCAAGCUGUUCCGAGACGAGUACAUUUCGCCAAAGGGAAGGCUUUCCUCAGACACGCAGACGAGCUAUGUCCUGGCUCUCCACUUUAACCUUCUGGAUAGCGAGGUUGAAAUACAGACUGCGCGGUCUAGACUUGACUGGCUGACCAGAUGGGAGGCCUUCAAGAUCAACACCGGGUUUGUGGGCACGCCGCACAUCCUACCUACUUUGGCCAAUAUCGACAUGAUGGGCACAGCAUAUAGGAUGCUGCAGGAACGUGACUGUCCCAGCUGGCUGUAUCCUAUCACGAUGGGCGCAACAACGAUUUGGGAGCGCUGGAACUCCAUGCUCCCCGAUGGGUCAAUCAAUCCUGGCCAAAUGACAUCUUUCAAUCACUAUGCUCUGGGUGCUGUGUGCCAUUUUCUUCAUGCAUACGUGGCUGGCUUGUCCUCGGCCACGCCUGGUUGGGAGUCUGCCAUCAUCCGUCCACGGCCUGGUGGUACAAUCCUAUGGGCUCGGGCCACGUACGACUCACCCAUAGGGCCGUACUGUGUGUUUUGGAGGUGUGAAUCCAACGUCAUGAAGACGAGUGUAUCGAUUCCACCAAACGGCGAAGCGCGGAUAGUUCUGCCCGGGAUUGAUGUUGUCGUUGGCAGCGGAGAGUAUUCUUAUGAGACGGAGUGGCAUGAGGAUUUGACAUGGCCCCCACAGAUUAUCCAAGGUGCACAAGGAGCUCCUGUUGAGGCUACGUAUGUCCCUUGA